GGUUUUUUUCCUUUGGGGGGUAAGGCACAGUAACUGGUCCAACUCGCCUGCGUUCCGGAUUCCGGCACGUAAAAAAACCAAUCUGGUGCAAGCUGACUUACCACGUCCAUCCAUCUCAAGCUGGAAAAAAGUUGGUGAGGAUCCUCCCGGGAUCUCAUCUACCUUCCUUUUUUCCGUUGAUAGCUCAAGCACCUAAAAAGUUCGGCCGAAAAGAAUGAGAAGAGCCGCUGCUGCUUCCGGCUGCGAUGAAAUAAAAGGCCGCUCUGGAGAAGAGGCAGCGCACUCCAGAUUUCCUUCAAGUCACGAUUCUGCUUCUUAGCGGUUAAGCUUUUCAGCUUCCAAAUUUUCCUUGUGCUUGUUCAACUGCUGCUGCAUCUAUUCGGCUUGGCGGCUAUCCGUUCCAUAGACACCAGUACGACGGAAAAGAUGGCCGCAAUGCCAGGGGCACGACCGGUUACGAGGGCGAGGCGGUCCAUCAAGCGCAUCGCAGCAGUCACCGAAGAAGCGUCUCCAGGUCAGUCCGGCCAAGUACCAGCCGCUGGGUCUGCCAAGGUAGAGUUCGGUGCCGCCAACAGCGCCGGGAAUGUGGACUGCGGACAGGACAGCCCGACUAGGACGGCGAGGAGAUCCAGAUGCCGGUACCAGCUGGUCUACACGGAGGAAAGCCUGGCCAGUACGGACAAGAAUAAAAUGCUGUACAUUACGCACCAUAUGGAGGUGAAACGGAUACGGUACUUGCCGGUACAGUCUGGACGAGGAGUCGAAACGUUCAGCCAGGGAAACAACGGUUGUCGACGGGAGAACUUCAGGUUACGACGAUUUUUCACUAGAGCGCCGAGAGCCUCUUUCACCAGGCUGCGGUGCGGCACAUGCCGCAAAGUGGCCAGGACAAUGAAACAUCCCCAAGGCGGUUCCGAACCUGGACAGCCACCUGUUGGUACGGGCGAAGGAGAAUGUGGCGGAGUUUUCUAUUAGUGCCUGUUGUGUACCCGGGGGAGCGAACCAAACGAGCGACUACAAAGUCGCAAGAAUAAACUAGAUUAAGCCCAGAGUCCCGGGGUGUAGCGAUCCGGUGCUCUUCGGUCUCGUUCAGAACGGCGCGGGAAAGGUCGUGUGUCUCCAGGUAGAACAGGUGAAUCUCCGCUCGGCAGUGGCUGCGUCUCGAUCUCGAGGUUGUCCAGCGGAAGUGUGCCAGGUUGAGAUUCCGCCGUU